AUGGGGGACGCAGAUAUUAAAACGUUAACUAUUUCUUUAGUUCAUCAAUUUUUGCUGAAUAUUGACAAACCUCUGGCACAAAAGUUUCUGGAGAAAACUAAAGCGAAACCUCGUGUCAAAGGCCUUGCGACACUCACAGAUAUAGUUCAAGAACACGUGAAACUUAAACGCUCGGGAAAAGCUGCUGCUGAAAGUUCGGAUGAUGACUCGAGUGAGGAUAAACCACAACCCAAAAAGCCUGUAGCCCAAGUUAAUGGAAAAUCUCCUGCUGUUAAGAAAAAAACACAAGAUUCAUCUGAUUCAGACAGUUCAGAAGAUGAAAAGCCACAGACAGCUAUUAAACCAAAAACUGCAGUUACUCCAGCUAAAAAAGCAGAAUCUUCAGAUGAUAGUGAUAGCAGUGAAGAUAAUGCCACAUCUCAGCCCAAGAAACAGCCUAUUAAGCCAAGUAUUGUAGCUCCCAAGAAUGUCAAAAAACAAGAGUCUUCUUCUGAUGAUAGCAGUGAUGAGGAAGAAAAACCAAAAGUCCAACAAAAACAGCCCACUCAAAAGCCAGUAGCUAAAUCUGGUGCAGGUACACCUAAAUCAACUCCUAAAAAAGCUGAAUCGUCAUCUGAUAGUGAUAGUAGUGAUGAUGAUAAAACCAAGAAACCAGCUGCUAAGCCUACACCAGCCAAGGUGACUGUAACACCUAAAAAACAAGAGUCUUCUGAUGACAGUGAUGACAGUGAGGAAGAGAAACCUAAGCCUGCAGUAAAACCAACUACACCUGCAAAGCCUCAACCAAAGGCAGCUGUAACCAAAAAACAGGAAUCUUCAUCAGAUGAUAGCGAUGAGAGCGAAGAUGAUAAGCCUACUCAAAAAAAGCCUUUGCCAACACCAAUCAAGACACCUGCUAAAGUUCCACAAACUAAAAAACAAGAGUCAUCUUCAGAUGAUAGCGAAAAUGAAAAAUCUAAUGUUCAACUGAAGGCUACUCCUGCAAAGGUACAACCUACUAAACCUUUAACUAAAUCUACACCAGCUAAAAAACAAGAAUCAUCAUCAUCGGAUGAUAGUAGUGAUGAAGAUUCUAAACCAAAGCCAAAAGUAACUACUAAACCACAAACCCCUCAAAGCAAACCAAAAGGUCUCCCUGCCAAGAAAGAAGAAUCCUCAGAUGACAGUGAAGAUAGUAGUGAUGAUGAGGAUCAAAAGGUGCCCCAGAAAGCCCUUCAGAAACCAGUACCACCACCUGCCAAGCCAGCAACAAAGGCUGCAUCUAAGAAAGAGUCUUCUUCUGACAGUGAUGAUAGUAGUGAAGAUGAAAAGCCCAAAACAGCUCAGAAAGUUGCAGUGAAAACCCCUGCCAAAGUGCCAGCAAAAGAAUCAGCAUCUGAUGAUAGUGAUGAUGAGCCUGCUAAACCUGCAAUAAAGACGCCUCAGAAGUCAAAACCAACAGCUAAAAAACAAGAGUCAUCUGAUGAUGAUGAUUCCAGUGAAGAGGAAGCACCCAAAAAACCUAUACAAAAAAAUAGUACAGCCAAAAAAGCUGCAUCUUCAGAAGAAGAUUCAGAUAGCGAUGAUGAUGAUGCUCCACCAGCAAAAGUAGCAAAGAAGAGUAUUGAUGAGGAGAAUGGUUUCCAAACUGGUAAAAAGAGGAAGGCUUCAGGUGGAGACUCUGGUGCACCCGCUAAAAAGCCAUACAACAAUUUUGUAAAGGAAGGUGAAAACCAAGAGGACGGAGAAAACAAUGAAAAUGAAGACCAACAGUCUGGAAAUUGGGCUAAUCGCGGCGGUUUUAAUCGAGGCCGAGGAUUUAACGAUAGAGGGGGCCGAGGAGGGUUUAGGGGACGGGGUGGAUUUGGGGACAGAGGUCGGGGUGGAUUUGGGGACAGAGGUCGGGGUGGCUUUGGGGAUAGAGGAGGUCGAGGUGGUUUCGGUGGAAGGGGAGGCAGGGGGGGCUUUGACAGGGGAGGAAGGGGCGGCCGGGGUGGUUUUGACAGGGGAGGUAGGGGUGGAUUUGACCGAGGAGGCCGCGGAGGUGAUCGUAGAGGCCGUGGUGAUCGCCACUCUUGGGGUGGGGACAGGGGCGGAUUUAACAAAGGAGGUUUCAAUGAUAGAAAGAGUUUUGAAGGAGGAGAUAAUGCUCAGAAUAAGAAAAUUGUAUUUGACUAA